UGAUUAGAGCUGGAUGUAAUCACAGGGACCUUUCAGCAACAAAGACAAGGAGCUUUGUUGACCAACUGGGAGGUCACAGCGACCAAGACUACUGCUGCUGGGGUGGUUGUAGGGGACUAUAAAAGAUUAAUGCACUUUCCUCGUUGAUCAGCACUGUAUAGGAGACAGCCGUUCCACCAUGAAACAGUGUGUGCUGUUGUUGCUGGUGUUUGUGAGCGUCCAUGGUGCCCCUGCAGGGGUCCUGCCACCGAGUUCUUGCAAGGAUGCAACCACUGCCUUUGUUGCUGGAGAAGCUAUAGACAAAAUCAACCAGGAUCGCACCACAGGUUAUGUCUUCAGCCUGGAACGUGUCAGCAAUGUCCAUCAGACAGGCCAUGGUGAAACCGGGGUGGUGUUUUAUCUUACAAUUGAUGUCCUUGAGACCAAAUGCCAUGUCCUCAGUAAGAAGAGUUAUAAGGAAUGUGAGAGCAGGAACAUUGGUGAAAACCCGGUGUAUGGUCAGUGUAAGGCUGUGAUCUAUGUAAACAAGCCUCAAAGAGUCUCUCGUCUCUACAAAUACAGCUGUACUCUCAGACCAGUUUCUGCAACAGAAAUCUUUGCAGUGUGCCCUGACUGCCCAAUUCUUAUCUCACUGGAUGAUAAAGAAGUGGAGAAGACAAUAAAGAUGGGUUUAGAGAAAUUUAAUAGAGAGAGUGCACUCCCAAAUUACUUUGCUCCUCUUAAUAUAACAAGAGCAAUCUCACAGUUUUUCGUGAUCACUAUGUACAGUGUGGAGUUCACCAUUCAGGAGACAGUUUGCUCCAAUAAAACUGAUAUAUCUGAGAUUUCAAAAUGUGACUUCAUGACCUGCGAGUUUGCACACAAAGGAUUCUGCAAAGCCACACACACGCUUUCGAACGGAGUUGAAUUCCUUGACGCCAAUUGUGAAAUCUAUGAACCUCAGGCUGCAGAGGAGGAAAAGAAGUACCAUUUGCAAGCUGGAGAGACAGACCAUCAUCAUGAGAACCCUGGUGAUGCAUCCCAUUCCCAUGACCACACUCACGAUCACACACUCCCCCAUUCCCAUCCAACUACGCACGACCAUGAUCACACUGCUGACCACAAACAUGAUCACAAGCAUGAGGGUAAGCACGACCACGAUCACAGUAAAGAUCAUGGGCACCACCACACCCAUGAGCAUAGUCAUGAUCAUGACCAUGUUCACUCACACCACAGCCAAGCCCACAACCAUACACAAGACCAGGGUAUUCACCCUGCCCAUCACAAUUAUGGACACACCGAAGGUCAGACACAUGAGCAUGAUCACGAGCUAGCCCUGGACCAUGACCACAAACACGGACACCUCCACGAGCAUGAGCAUCAUCACCACCACCACCAGCACACGCAUGAACCCACCAUGAGGAAGCCAAAAGGAACUAUCCAAGUCCUCCCAUCGCUGGAUAAACCUGUGACCCUUCCUUUCUUUCCUGAUCAGCAUGAAAAUCCCGACACAGCCACUGGUCUUCCCUUACGCCCAGACCCACAGAUACCAGGACAGACAGAACCAGCUAUUGGCAAAUUCCCCAAAACUGUUUCCCCCAACUGCCCAGCAGAGCUCAAGACCAGCGACAAGCUUAUCCAGAAUGCCUUUGCUGAGGAUCCAGUCUUCAAGGUCAAGCCAGCUGCAUGAAUAAAAAGACUUUUUUUGUUUAUACUGUGUAGCUCAUAUGCAAAGUCAUGUGCUCAGUACAAUAAAGCAUGAUCGAAACCUUUAA